AUGAACCGGCUUCAUGUAGAAAGAAAAUCUAAAAACGAAGAAACAAAACAUGAAGGAGAAAAUAGUUUAACAGAGUCUGAACUCUCGCCUGAAAAAAAUCUGAAUAUUGCUUUGGACAAUUGCCUUCCUGUAGUUUCCUGCCACCAUGGGAUGUUUCCGGAGCUCACAUCGAGAUCAGUGGAAGAAUUGCCUCCUCCCAGAAUAGACAAAUACAAGCUUGCAAGAUUUUUAGCAGAUAAAGCCAUCAGGGAAAGGAGAAUUUUUACCAUCUGUGGUCCUUACCCAGUAAUUCGCUCUUGUUUAAGAAAGAGAGGAUGGGUGGAAAGAAAGCAUAUUCUUAAAUUUGACAUUCAGGACCAUAAAGAUGAAGGGAAGGAAGCAGAACGUGACAACGGUGUUAAAAAUGAAAGCAAGACAGUAUUGCAUGAAGAAGAAAGUUUAAUCAGUUCAAAUGACAUCCAUGAUAUAAUGUCUAGAUUGGUAAGAAAUGAAGAAACCUCUUUUUAUUGGACUACUAAAAAGGAUGCAGUUGAUUACUACACUCUCCAUAUUGAUCAGAUGUUGAACCAUUAUUCAAGAACUGGCUCUUUUACAACCAAAAUAGGACUAUGUUUGCACCUGAGGAAUUUGCCUUGGUAUGUGUCAGUGAACCCGAACAGUUUCUUUCCUCGGUGUUAUGCCAUCUGUAUAAAUGAUGAGAAAUCUGCUUUUAUCGAUGACUUCAGAAAAACAGCAGCCUUCUGCGUAAUUAAAUGGGUUGUCAAUUUGCAUAUUUCUGAUGACUGGUCCUCUAAAGAAAACAGUGAUAAAGAAGAUGCAAUUGAGAUUAAAGAUUAUGAGGUAAAGAAAGUGAAGGAGCUUCCUGGAGAACUUGUAGAAAUGGCAUGCAAAGUAUGUGAAACCUACCUGGAACAAUUUGAACACGGAGACAUUGACGCAGAGACAGAGGAUGUUCCAGUACUUUCAGAAACAGAAUGGAAUCAGUUCAUUGAUCAUUACUAUUCUCUCAUUCAUGAGGAGGCAGUUAUUUGUAACGCAGACAGUUAUUUUAUUCAGUGUCAAAAUAUUUUGCACAAAAUUAGGCUACUUAACCCACAGCAAGAGAUUGAUGGUCUUCAUAACAUCUGGAUCAUUAAACCUGGAGCAAAAUCCCGUGGCAGAGAAAUAGUAUGCAAAAAUCGACUGGAUGAAAUAUUGAAACUAGUUGAACCAACUGAUCAGUUUCCAAUUAAAGAUCAUAAAUGGGUUGUCCAAAAGUAUAUCGAGAAACCACUCCUCAUUUAUGAUACAAAAUUUGAUAUUAGGCAGUGGUUUCUUAUAACAGACUGGAACCCACUGACUAUAUGGUUCUACAAAGAAAGCUAUCUCAGAUUUUCAACUCAGCGGUUUUCCUUAGAAAAUCUUCACAGCUCCGUUCAUCUUUGCAAUAAUUUCAUCCAGAAAAAUUACAAAAAUGCAUCAGAUCGUAGUGCUCAGUUGCCAUAUCACAACAUGUGGUCCAGUAGCAAAUUCCAAGAGUAUCUGCAGAAGAGAGGCCUUGGCCAUGUUUGGUGCAACAUCAUCUAUCCAUCUAUGAAAAAAAUCUUAAUAUAUAUAAUGAAAAUGGCUCAGGAGCAAGUGGAAGCACGGAGGAGCAGCUUUGAACUGUAUGGAGCAGAUUUCAUUCUUGGCAGUGAUUUCAAACCUUGGUUGAUUGAAAUCAAUAGUAGCCCAACUAUGCAUCCUUCUACUCCGAUUACAAUGGAUCUUUGUGCUAAAGUGCAAGAAGACACAAUUAAGGUUGUGCUUGACAAGAAGCUUGAGAAAAAUUGUGAAACUGGAAAUUUUGAACUUCUGUGGAGACAACCCAUGUUGGAUAUGCCACCAUUUAAUUCUACAGACCUCAUUGUGGAAGGAAUCGGUUUAAAGAAACUGAGAAAGCAUGCGGUCAUCAGUAACUUUAAUUUUGCUGACCCCCUGUUGAACAUAUUGCAGCCUACAACUAAUCAUGAAAGUAAAGGAGACUCAAUUCCACCUAUCAACGAGAAGCAAAACAUAAAAGUGAAACUUGGAAAUAAUACUCUUUGCACUUUGCCAAAGACUCUGGAGAAGAAGUCUGAGAAAAGCACUAAAGUAAAGUCGACACCCAAAAAGCCUAUCAAGAUCAUAGAUUUCCCUCGCAUAACUAUUCUCCAAGAAGCAGCAAUCAUGCCUGAUACAAAAAAGACCAAGGCAAUUAAAGAAACCAAACAGCAGACUGGAAAUCAAGCAGCCACCAGCUUUCCAAAUUCAAAUACAUUAGAUUGGGCAUUACUUCAGCCCUCUAAAGAUACAGGUCUACAGAACCAAACCAAGAAGACUCCAUGCCUAGUUUGUGGAGAUGGUUUCCAGUCGGAGAAAACUUGUAAACACUGCAGCUCUUUUUGUGCAACUGUAUUACAAGGAGGUUCAUAUUUACCUAUGAGUCCGUGUUCUGCUCCUGAAAAGAUGGCCAAGACCAGGGUGGCUGCCCCAUAUUAUGGGUUUCCAAAAUACUUCUGA